UGGGCAAGAGGAGGCCGAGGCGCCUGGGUUCCGCUCAGAGCCAGAAGGCGUCGAGGGCGCCGCCAUGGCGUCGUCUCUGGAGGUGUCUCUGGCGGAGCCCGGCCCCUUCUGCGGCGGAGACAGGGUCUCCGGGGCGGUGGCGGUGGAAGUGUCCGCCGCCUCGGCGCUGGCCCUCUGCGCCCUCCGUCUCGAAGCCUCAGGAGCCGCCCGCGCCGCUUGGAGCGAAGGGCCGGGCGCCCCCUCCGCCUCCGCCCUGGAAGCGCCUCCGUCUCCGUCGGUCAGCGGCGCCCGGAGGGAGGCCCAGGUGCUCUUCCUCGACGUCAGGCAGGUGCUCCUCGGCAGGGAAGAAGAGCAAGAGGGACCCCGAGAUGAUGAGGGCUUAGUCCUUUUAGAACCUGGAAAACAUGAAUUCCCCUUCAGCUUUCAACUUCCCGAGCAACCAUUGGCAACCUCCUUCACAGGAAAGUAUGGCAGCAUCCAGUACUUUGUGAAAGCAAUUCUGGAAAGGCCGUUGGCACCCAGUCAGAUUGUCCAGAGGGAGUUUCAGGUUAUCAGCCACAUUGAUGUGAAUUCACCAGUUUUAUUGACCCCUGCAAGGCAAUGCCAGGAAAAGAUGGUUGGAUGCUGGUUCUUCACUUCGGGACCAGUUUCUUUGAGUGCCAAAAUUGAGAGGAAGGGAUAUUGUAAUGGUGAAGCCAUCCCAAUUUAUGCAGAAAUUGAGAAUUGCUCCUCUCGUUUAAUUGUUCCAAAAGCUGCCAUUUUCCAAACACAGACUUACCUUGCUAGUGGAAAAACAAAAACUUUUCGUCAGAUGGUUGCUAAUGUGCGAGGAAAUCAUGUUGCAUCUGGCAGUACAGAUACUUGGAAUGGGAAAACUCUGAAAAUUCCACCUGUCACCCCUUCUAUCCUUGACUGCUGCAUCAUCAGAGUUGACUAUUCCUUAGCUGUCUACAUUCACAUUCCUGGUGCUAAAAAGCUGAUGCUUGAACUGCCUCUGGUCAUUGGCACAAUUCCAUGUACUGCAUUUUCCAGCCGAAACUCCAGCCUCGUCAGCCAGUUCAGUGUGGAUAUGAGCUGGCUGGCGCUGACAAUGCCAGAACAUCCUGAAGCCCCACCCAAUUAUGCUGAUAUAGUAUCAGAAGAAGAAUUUUCAAGACAUGUUACUGCGUAUCCACCCGCAGUUGACUGUGAUGAGCAGCUGUGUUGUCCUAUGUUUGCCUACAUACAAGAAUUCCGGUUUCAGCCCCCUCCACUCUAUUCAGAGAUUGAUCCACAUCCUACUGAGGUAGAAGACAAUCAGCCAGUUUCAAUCAUGUCUUAAGGAUUGGUUUGAAGUUACUGCAUCUUCAUCAUAUGGAAUAUCUUGGUUUUGGUUUUCUACACCCUCUGCUUGUAAUGCUUUUUAAGAAGCAAUGUUCUUACAUGCAGCCAGGUAUCAAGGCACCUGAGGUCUCAGAUACAGAUACCUUGUGCCUCUUUGUGGAGCAAGGAGAAGUAAAGGAAAGCCUUGUGAUUUUGCUUACACGGAAGAGGCUGUGCAAACAGUUAUUGGAUGAAGUAGACCCACAUAUACUUGGAACAGAUGGAAUAUAUUUGGGGUAAAAGAAGACAUAGAAGUUGCUGCACAGAGUAAACAGGGGGAAAGUCUUGUUGUGGAUGUUUCAAAGAAAUGAAAACAAGUAGAUUCAGAAGAGCUGUAUUGAGCAGAUUAAACACUUUUAUUUGUAUGAUUCAAAUCCUCCCCUGAUUACUAAGGGCCUCUUCAACUUGACAGUUUCAGUAUCUGCACAAGGAUGUCUGAGAGCCUUAGUCUGUUGGGAAAAAAUGCCCAUCUGACAUCCAAUCAAAUGCUCCCAUUAAACUUCACACUGAUUUUGAAUGGAAGAUGUGGAAGAUACCGUGUAUCAUGUGAUGAAGAAGCAAGCAUUUGUUGUUAGAAGUGGAAAGAAUGUCACAUUAUGUUGGAGCGUCUGUGUACAUGGGCUUUUUCUUCUGGUUUUUUGUUUGUUUGUUACUAUUUAUUUAAAGAGGGUGAAUGGAGUAGCUUCUCUAUAGCUCUGCUGGCUUUUAGUUUUUGUUUAUUCAUUUGUUGGUUGCGUCUGCAGCAAUGGGGCGUAAUGUAAGGCAUAGAGGGCAGCCAAACACUCCACCAAUGUGUAAUUUCAGCAACUUGAGCCACUACCACUAGAAUAUCUGCAGUCAUUACUUAUCGACUGAAGGUAACACUGCUUUAACACUGUAUUGGAAUGUGUGUACAGAACUGUGAAAGAAGUAGUCCUCAUUGCCAACAUGCAGUUGAUAUAUUUCAAACCCUUAAUUUACAAAAGGAAAAGGCCUACUUCUUUUAGAUGUGGGAGCCGAGACCAAAAAACGAUUCCAUAGAAUUUGUCUCUUAAAUUAAUGCAAAAUAAACAAAGAACCCUCUGGCACCUUAAAGACAAAUUUAUCAUAGCAUGAGGAUGAUAGUAUCAUCAGCUAUAGUGAAGUAUGCUUCACCUGGUGCAGGAUCCCAUUAUCUAAGAUAGAACUGGGACUGCAAUGUGUAUUUGUAGUCCUGCUUCAUGCAUCUAAUGAUGUCUGCUAUACUUCAUGAAAGUUCAUGCUGCAAUAUGUUAAUGUUUUGAUGCGACACAGCAGUCCCUUUGGGGAACUGAAAUGAAUAUGCUUUGAGUAUCCUGGCUCAUUUACCAGGGCAUUGUUAUUUGCUAUCCCUCUAGUCUUAAGGAUUGACUUAAAUUCUGUUAUAGUGCAAUAUAAUUUGAUUAUUCCUCAGGUCAUAUGGAAUGUUGAACUUCGAUGUUAAGCUCUCAAACAGAUCCUUGUAUUCGUGUAUACAAGCUCAUAUCACAUGCAAUAUGAUUUGCACUGGGAAGCCUCUGUUGAUGGACCAUUUAAAUAUUUAAUCUAUGCAUAAGUCAAAACAAUUGGUUGGAAAGCAAAAUACUGUUCUUAGGGUAUGCAUGCAUUGGCAUGAUGCUAGCACUUUCUCUUUCUUCAGGUCACUCCUUUUUUUAAAAAAAGCACUCCUCAAAGCCCUUUUCUCUAAAACCUUUUGGCACAACCCUCUGCUUUUGCCCUGUUGUAUAAGUAAGCCUCAGGUCAAGCCACUGAAAGAAUACAUAUAAUCUUCUGUAUAUUCCUGCCUCCUCCUACUCUGUUGUGCCUCCUGUAUCAAAUUAUAGACUGUAAGUCCUUUGGUCAGGGACAUCUUUUAUAUGGCAAGGCGUCACACACAUUGCUAGCAUAUAUGAAUAGUGGGUUAAUUAUGUAUAUAGGCAAAUGUUAGGCAAACUGAUUGCUCAGAUUUGGGGAAAGCUGUCUUCUGUCAGCGGAGUCUUUCUGUCUGUCACAGACAGAUACUGGCUUCAGUCCAAUCAAUAGUACUUUUUAAUUUCAGCAGGUUCUUGAGGCUCUGAAGAUGGCUUGCAGUUUUUAAGUCCUUACAUUGAAAACAGGGCUGUGUACUCAGGGAUAGGCCUUGUUGCUUUUAGUGAGACUCACAGUUAAGUAGGUAUGGGAUUGCAGCCUUGAUUAUUGUUCUUCCCAGCGAGAAGGCCCUUUGGCUAGUGAUGGCAUUGCUAGCUUUCUACUUAGAAGGGAUAAAGUACAAAAUUGUGAUGCUUGUGUUCAGAAAUGUGAGUGAACUGAUAACAAGUGUGAUCUCUUAUGCAGGACAGCCAUAUAUUCCGUGGAGCUCUGGAAAACAUGGAGAAAAAGUAGGUUAGAAGUAUUUAUUUGUAAGGGCAUGUGUCUGCAAAAUGAUCCUUCCCAUGGACAGGGUAGAAGUCUCAUCUGUACAGGGCAGAUGCUCAUUUGCCUUUCAUAAGCAAAGAAAUUCUGAUCUCUCGGUAGAGCUGGAUCUUAGCCAAAAUCAUAGCUGCAAGCUGGAUUUCUACCAACACUUUGUGUAAUGUCUAUCCAAGACCAUGUCUGUGUUGCAUGUUACUCCAUCCCAUGAACAUGGAAAUGGAAGAAUGUUAUGGAGGGAAGGACUCCUAAAUAAACAGUGAUGUCUACUUGAGAAAUUAAUUGGCACUAAAAUGGAGGUGGGCCUUUCUCAUUUUUAAGACCAAGUGCAGUGUUUCACAUGGAACAUCUAGGAUGUUUAGAUGUCAGACAUGGCAUGUGACCUCUUUUUGUGAAAGGAUCACAAAAUGCUUAUCUCCAGAGAUGUGUAAUCUUUUUGAAAGGUACGCAAGCACUUCCACCUCUUGCAAGAAGCUCUCUAAGUGAGAUCUGGGAUAUCUAGUGUCAGGAGUAGAGACCAAGUUUAGUCGUGGUUGAAACAGUGUCUGGAUGCAGCAUUUUCACCUUCAUAGAAGUAGCUGAUAUUAUGGGAGGAGGCAAAGAAUACAUUUAAGAUGACUCCCUUCAAUGUAGCUGCUCAUAAUCAAACUUGCUUCUGUCUGGAUUGUGUUUGUGGACAUGCUAGUAUGCCAGAAUGUUGUAAAUUUGCUUCUAGGUAAGCUUAGUUGUUAAUAAGAGACUUGGAAAUACAGUAUCUGAAUUGUCUUGCUUGUCUAAAUGGGGAAAGAAAGUGCACUUAAACUACUGGCAUAUGCCCCAUUUGCUUUUUUAAAGGGGUCUCUGGAAGAGAAAACAAUUCAACCAAAAUCACAUUGCAGCUUAUUCUGAGAAAUACUGUUGUCUUAAAACCAAAUCCUUAGUGGUAUCACCAAUGCCUUUAAAAGAAGAAGAAAGAAAUGGGAGGCCUAUAAAAUGUAAUAAUAUUGCAAGAGUAGCGUUGGAAGGGGAAAACACUCUCUUUAUUGGCUCCUUUUAAUUACUUGAAUAGCAAUAACGUGGCUGUAUAAUAUGCAUGUCUUAGAGUACUAAAACCAUGAUAACGUUAGGUGCUUACAAUGACAGACUUUAAUACCAAUAAGAGCUGGCUGUUGGUAUCAUUGUGGUCAUGCAACAGAAGAAUAUGUAUCAGUGCAAAUAAUCAAGAUGCUGUUCUUCUGUUUUUAAUCUUGGGAUCACUUUCUGGGUUACUUGCAAAUAAACCGUGGCCUUAGAUUGUUCAUGAAAAGAAUUCCUCAGAAGCAUGCUCUCUUUCUAAGGGACUGGUUUGAAACUGAAAAGGCAAAGUCCUGCCUCUUAACAUUUAAGAGAUUUUUUUUUUCUCCUAAUGAUAGAUAUAUAUCUAUUGCACAAGUUUGGAUUUAAUAAUGCAGGGGAUUGUGUUUUCUCAGCUACUGUAAAACAGUUUAAAAACCAAGCAAAUAUGGGAAAUGAUUGUAUUUUGUAUUAAUGUAUGAACCCCGUGGGUUCUGGGUGUGUGUGUUUUUUUUAAUAAAAACAAAUAACAAGUG